AUGUUGCAAUUCCUCGCCGGAGCUGCCCUCGUGCUCAUCAUUGGGCUGGUGAGCUUUGGCAUUAUGGGCUUUAGCUUCUCCAUGAGCAAUCGUUUCCCCGUAGAUGGCAAGACAGUCCUCCUUACCGGCUCAUCGCAGGGCAUGGGCAGUGAGGUUGCCUGUCUCCUUGCUGCCCGGGGAGCCAAUCUUAUACUGGUAGCACGCACGGCAAAGAACCUCGAAAUCGCUGUCCAACGCGCAAAGUCAUGCGCAAAGAACCCUUCAACUCAACGCUUCACGUACAUCGUGGCCGACGUAACUUCCGAGUCGGAGAAUGCACGUAUCCUCAAGGAAGCAACAGCCUGGAAUAAUGGCCGCGUGCCUGAGGUUGUCUGGUGCAUUGCUGGAUCCUCAACUCCUGGGCUGUUCAUCGAGACGAGCACAGACACGCUGAGAAAGCAGAUGGAGCUGAAUUACUUCGCGACAGCAUACAUGGCACAAAAGGCGCUGCAAGCUUGGUUGUAUCCCGAGGUGCCACAUAGCCCACAAGGGAAAAACACUGACCCGGAAGCGCCCCGGAAGUUCAUCAUGACUUCCUCCUCACUCGCCUUCAUAAACAUUGCAGGCUACUCGCCCUACUCCCCGGCAAAGGCUGCCCUCCGCAACCUCGCUGAUGGACUCCGCUCAGAGGUCCAAAUCUACAACGCAGCGCGCCAUUCCAAUGCCAACACAGGCGCUACGCCCGCGCCGUUCGAUGUAGACAUUCAUAUUGUAUUCCCGGGUAGCAUACUAUCCCCAGGGUUUGAGAACGAGAACAAGACGAAGCAUGCCGUCAGCUUUGAGUUGGAGGCUGCCGAUCCCAAGCAAACCGAGCUCGAGGCAGCAACCAGCUGCGUCAAAGGUCUAGAAAGUGGAAACUUCAUGACGCCGACCAAUUAUCUGGUACACCUGAUGCGCUGGGGCAGCUUGUCUGGUAGUCAGAAGAACAAUUGGGUCAUUGAUGCGAUGGGAGCGAUUGUAGCAGCGAUUGCCUGGUUGUUUAUAGCACCAGAUUUGAACAAGACGGUCAGGGGCUGGGGGAAGAAGAAUGGAAUGCCGGCGUAUAGGCCAAACGCGCAGUAA